AUGAAGAUCGAUUACACAUUUGGGCCCGGCAACAACAGCCCUAAAUCAUUCCACGCGUACCCAAGAGGUGAUUUCGACUUGGAAUCUGGGGUUUCGAAGAAAUCUCGAAAACCCAAGAACAAUCCCUUUUUGCAGAAGAUGAAAUCGUUGGGAAAUUUGUUCACUCACUAUUAUAAGCUUCACCCAGUUAUGAUCUUCUUGCUUUGCCUGUCAUUUGGUGUUGCAAUCCUCAUUGUGUUGUCUGUGUACCAUGACCAGUACAGAACUAUGCGUAAUUACAGGGCCUUUUCUGAAAAAAGGGACAUUUACCCUUUUGCUAAGCUUAGGAACCUUGUAAUGGUGGCCGGGCAUUCGGUAUAUACGAGCAGUAGGUGUGAGAAGGUUGACGAGGAGAAUGCUUGGUACUUGGAGCCGUAUCAGAAGCAUCCGGGCCAAGCUGCAACUUUUGUUCAGCAUAUACAGAAGGGAGUCGAGAUCGCGGCAGAUGAUGAUGUGGCAUUGCUGUUGUUCAGUGGAGGCGAAACCCGGAAGGAGGCCGGCCCGCGAAGUGAGGCUCAGAGUUAUUGGACGGUGGCCGAGUCGAAGCAGUGGUUUGGCAAGCGAGACAGUGUGAGAGAUAGGGCACUAACCGAAGAACAUGCUCGAGACAGCUUCGAGAAUCUUCUUUUUAGCCUCUGUCGGUUUCGAGAGCUGACUGGUGCAUAUCCACAGAAUAUAACUGUUGUAGGUUAUGACUUCAAAGAGGAGAGGUUUGUUCAUCUACAUCGGUCGGCAAUUAAGUUCCCGGAGGAAAAGUUUUUCUACUCAGGCACGCCAUCUUCUCAAAACUCUAGGGAGGCUGCAUUAAAAGGCGAGGCCCUCGUGAGGACUCAAUUUCAAGACGAUCCUUACGGUUGUUUAGGUGUAUUAAGCCGAAAAAAAAUCGGGCGUGAUCCUUUUCACCGCUCGAUACCGUACCCUAAUGGGUGUCCUGAAAUUUCAGGUUUGUUUAGAUACUGUGGUACUGUACCAUAUCCAGGCUUUCUUCCCUGGGCUUAG